AUGUCUGAUCAAUGGUCAGUGAUUCCUGUUGUUGGAAAGUAUCGAUGUCAAGAACUUAUGGCCGAUUAUCAUAUUGCUCAAGAUCUUCAAAAUGCCGUCAAUAGACAUGGAUGUGGAACACAACACGAUUGGGAUUUAGUGGGUGAAUACAUUAAAGAUUGUGUUAAAAAAUCCCAUAUUGGAGUACCAUUUGGUGAAACUUAUGCUAUAUCAGAAGUCAUUAAAAAUCGAAAUAUCGUUCGUGAAAAAUGCAAAAAAGGACGAAAACCACUUGGUCUUCAAAUAGAAUUUUGA